AUGGUCGGUGUUGACUUGCGGGCACUCACCCAGCCUGUGGGCAUCAUGCGAAUAAUGGCGACCAUCCUCGCCUGUAUGUGUUUUAGCCUGGUGGCGACAGUGGGACACGUCCCAUCUCCCUACUGGGCGUGGUGCAUGUUUACCUGGUGCUUCUGCUGCUUCUUCACCCUUCUUAUUCUCAUCCUGGAGUUCACAACCGUCAAUGCCAAAUUACCUUUCGCCUGGGAUGAUUUCACCACUGCCUUUGCAAUGCUGGCGAGCCUCAUGUGCCUUGCUGUCUCCAUCAUCUACCCCACCUUUUUCACCUGUAAGACCUGCCACCGCCAGAUCGGCGCCUCUGUGGUGUCCUGGUUCUGUUUCGGGGUGUACGUAGGUGAGGUGGCUUUAACUCGCCUUCGUCCGAGUGGGCAGGUGAGCGGCUUCCUCUCCACAUUGCCCGGCAUUAUGAAGAUGCUGGAGACGUUCCUCGCCUGUCUCAUCUUCACAUCCCUGGAAAAAAGCCAAUUUAACUCUCCAGGACUGCAAUGGUGCGUGGCCGUGUACUCGUUGUGCUUCAUCUUCGCCAUCCUCAUAAUCCUGCUCACUAUUACACAACUGACCUCUUUUUUUCCAUUUUCUUUUGACAAGCUUGUGAUUGUCUACAACAUUUUGGCAGCGGUGAUGUAUUUGACAGCAAUGGUGAUCUGGCCACUGUAUAGUUUCCGCAACAAUGAGAGACCCAGUAUCUGUGGCCACCCCUGUGCCUGGGAUAAACUGGUGGUGGUCACCUUCAUGACAAUCUUCAACGUUAUUGUUUACACCUUGGACACUGCCUACUCUAUACGCCUUGUGUUCUGUGUCAGUAACCAGUGA